AUGCGAGAAGCGGCGGUGGAGAGGGGACCGGUGCUGGAGGGGGAGGCGAUGGUGGAGCGGAGGGGGGAGGCGAGGCAGCGUGGGGCGUUCCGAGUGCACCCGACGAGCAUCAGCUUGUUUGCUGUCGUCAGCACUUACCGCACUGGCCAGGACAGCUUCAUGGUGGUGGGGUGGGUGAGUCGCCUCGCCGCUGGGCGGUCAGGUGCACUUCGAGCCAUUCAAACCAUCUUCACCGUUACUUGGAUAAUCAAAGCCUCCACGUUCCUCGCCCUCCCCUCCCUCCCAUGCGUGCUGUUGCUGGGCAGCUUCAUGGUGGUGGGGUGGCUUCAUGGCGGUGGGAGAGAGUCGCUGCUGGGCGCUCAUCUGCACUUUGCGGGCGCACUGGUGGACGAGUGCGUGUGGUAG